AUGAAGAUUGGUGAAGGGAGAGGCAAGGCAAUGGAGUCCCGGAGUCAGGAGGCGGACAAGCUGUUUGAGAGUGCUCCGGAGUGUUUUCCUGAGGGCGGCCCCAUCCAGUGGGAGAGGACCACGGAGGUGGCCCCCGGCGCCACAAAGGAAAUGGUUUACCAACGGCAUCAGGACGUCGAGCAGAUUGGUUCGGGCCGGGUUCCGCCACCAGAUUACCCGGCCUACUCUUGGCCCUCCUCCGCCAAACAGCCACCCAAGUGUAGCGGUCCCAUAAGAAAGAAGCGCAGCUCUUGGUCUAUGGACGAACACAUAUUGUUCCUGGUGGGAGUGGAGAUACAUGGGAAGGGAGAAUGGAAGAAAAUAUCUGAAAACGUAGCGAGGACAAGAAGUGUAAUUCAGGUGGCAAGCCAUGCCAAAAAGUUCUAUAUAUCUUCGCCAAAGUAA